AUGGCAGCCGCCGCCCCUGCCCCAGCCGCUGGAGGGCCUGCGGCGCCACGACCGCCCGCCCCGGUGCACAAGAGCACCGCCAUUAUCCCCGGUUGGUCGCGGCCGCUGUCAAGCCAGGCGCUGACGAUCGAGUGCCAGAAGAUCACGCAGCCCAGCCGCAGUGCCGCCCCAAAGGAAUGCUACGGCGUGAUGGAGCUGGAGGUCAUGAAGUUUGUGGCUUACUGCGGCGGCCUCACAAUCAAGCUGCGCGUGGACGAUCUGCAGCACGGCCCUGUCGACAGUCUGACCUGGGGCCUGGCAGCCCUGCGGCCCUGCCCGGCGCUGGCCAACACCAACGUCGUCGUGCACCCUGCCGGUGCCGGCGGCGGGAGCAGCGCCUCGCCUGUGCCAGGCAGCCCAACGCGCACAGCGGCAAACGCCAGUGGCAGGGCCAGCAGCAGCAGCCCCCUGCCCAUGGGAUCUUUUGGCGCCGCGGCGGCCGGCCCUCACGGCCCCAACAAGGCCAGCCCCGUGACGGCAAUGAGCGUGGACAAUCCGUCGCGCAAGGCGCUCUAUGCCAUUUGCGCCACUGCGUGCGUGGCGCGCCCUGCGCGCGGCGACAUCCUGUCCAUGGACCUGUCCCCCAAGGAGGACGGUCAGCCAGUCAUCAUGGUGACCCUCGCGCACAAUGACACGCCGCUGAUGCGCGCGGCGCUGCCGUGCGCGAGCAUUGCGGCGCUGCAGAUGUACCCCUUCAUCACGGCGCAGCCCGGCAUGGUGGUGUCGCUGCACGAGGCGCUCACGCCCAGCCCGCUGUUCACGUGGUACUCGCCCACCAGCGCCACCGCCGACAUCCAGAUGGCGGACCUCGACACAUGCGUCAAGUACAACACCACCGCGGCCACCAACGCGGCCGGCGUUGGCGAGUUCCACGGGUCCACCACCUUCACAGGCGGCCGCCACCGCUGGACGGUGCAGCUGGACAACAUGGGGCCGCACCCAGGCCACGUGUUCGUGGGCCUCGUCAGCUCGGAGCACACCCAGGCGCCCAGCAGCAGCAUCCUGGCUGCAUCGCUGCCACAGGCGCUCGCGGGUCGCGCUCUUGGCGCGGCGCAGCAGCAGGCGGCCCCGGGCGCAUCCCCCUCAGCAGCCAGCGGCGGUGGCGGCGGUGGCAGCGGCACAGCGGCCGUCCCAGCUGCGGCAGCGGCUGCAGCUGCAGCCGCUGCUGUGGCUCAGUCACCAAUUUUGCCGUUUGGUGCGCAGGCGGCUGCAGCACCUGCAGCGAGCGCCACCGAUGCCGUCGCUGACGUGCCCCGCGGCAAGUGGGGCGUGUGGGUGAAGCUGCCGGGCAGCGCCGGGGUCACGGCGGCCUCAAGCGCACCGCCGCCGCAUGACGGCUGCGUUCAGGUGGUCGAGAGCAGCAGCAACCACUGCUGCAUCACGGUGGACCUGGACCUGAUCGGCGGCUACGCCAAAUUCUUCCGCAACGGCCACCUGCUGGGCAGCGCGUUUACCGGGCUGGUGGCGCCCAUCUCGCCCGCGCUGGCCUUCCUGCAGGGAGCCAACCAGCACCUGCAGGCGGGGCUGGUCAACAUCACCAAGCUGCAGCAGCUUGACCUGGAGUGGAAUGCGGAGGCCUGCAGCGGCGACCUGCGCAUCAGCGGGCGCUCGGUGCAGAAGGUGUCUGAGGUGUUUGGCGACUACUCCACGGUGCUGGCCAACCAGGGCUUCAUCUCGGGGGUGCACCUGUGGCUGGUCAAGGUCAACCACCUCAGCGAGCCGGACAGCAUCUUCAUCGGCGUCUGCAGGGGGUGCAUGCCGCUGGACCAGGACCCGCAGGACCUGCGUGACCGCACCUACUACCUCAGCAACGGCGUCAUCCGCGUGGGCGGCCGGCGCGUGGCAACCAGCAAUGCCAACUUCACAAAGGGCGACAUCGUGGGUGUCGUGCUGGACGCAGACCAGGGCGAGAUUGUGUUCUUGCGCAAUGGCAUCGAACAGGGCCGAGCGCGCGGCAUCCGUGGCCGGCUCUACCCCUUUGUGUCGAUGGACAGUGAGCUGGACCAGAUCACACUGCUGGGCUCCUACACGCUGCCGCUCAACCGCACGCCGCGCACCCUCGCGGACAUGGAGUGGGACACCGUGGGCCGCGGCGCUGACCUGGAGCUGUCCUCCAACUGCCUCACGGCCACCAAGAGCAGCAGCGCGGCCGCCUCCACUGUGACGGGCACCAUCCUGUACGCGGACCGCGGCUGCCACGAGUUCCACGUCAUCCUGGACAGCCUCGGGCCAGACGGCAUCUGGGUCGGCGUCGCGGCGCCCACCAUGGACACGGCCAAAUGCGUCGGCGACGCUGGCUGCGGCUGGGCGCUGCACAGCGACGGCGAUCGCCGCUUUGGCGGCCGCGAGGAGGAGUUCACAUCGGCAUUCAAAAACGGCGAUGUUCUGACGGUGGGCAUGGAUCUUGGGCGCGGCACACUGCGCUUCAGCCGUAACGGCGUCCACUUGGGGGAGGCUUUCACGGGCGUCACUGGGCCCCUGGUGGCGGCGGUCACGCUGGCCAGCGAGGAGAGCAAGGUGACCAUCCAGAACCGCCCCACUGUGCUCAACAUGGGGGAGUAUACGGGCGAGCUGCGCUGGGACGAGGUGCGUGCUGGGCGCGACCUGCACGUCAUCGACGGCCUCACUGUGACCAAGAUGAGCAACGAAGGCGGCGACUAUGCCACCGUACUGGGCACGCUGUGCGUUGCGAGCGGGCAGCACAGCUGGAACGUGUACGUGAACCACGUGGAAGACAGCAACCUCUUCAUUGGCGUCACAGUAGGCGGCCACGACCUCAACGCGGACCCCCAGGAGAUGAAGAGCCGCACCUACUACCUCUCCAAUGGCACCAUCCGCGUCGCAGGCAAGCUGGUCACGCGCUGCGCAGAGCCGUACGCGGAGGGCGACCUGGUGACAGUGCAGCUUGACAUGGACGCCACGUCGCGCCACAUCGCCUUUUACAAGAACGGCGUGCUGCAGGGUGCUGGAGAUGGCCUCCCUGAGGAGGUGUGGCCCUACAUCUCCCUGGACAACAUCAUGGACUCCAUCACCCUCCACAGCAGCAGCAUGUUCCUUGACCUCGCGCUCUCCCUCAAGUGGAACGCGCUCAGGGCCUCACCCUGGGCCAACAUCAGCGCAGACGGAAGCGUGGCCACGCUCAAGCCCGCCGCCGCGCUGGACAGCUUCCUGGGCCAGGCCACGGUCCUGGGGAUGCGCGAGUACUCCAAGACCGAGGUGCACAGCUGGGUGGUGCGCCUGGAGCAGCCCUCAGAUGGGCUAUCCACCAACUUCUUGGUGGGCGUGGCGCCAGCGGGCAUGGACCUCAACCACUCCAUCGGCCAGGAGGGCUGCGGCAUCGGGCUGGACUAUUACGGCUACAUCUACGUCAACGGCCGCUACUUCCACGUGUCAAACCUCAGCCAGUGGCAGGCAGUCGCCAAGCCCUGCCGCGGCAGCACUGCGCGCCACAAGGGCAAGGCGGGCCCCAUGUUCACCUUCCACGAGGGCCGCUGCGAGAUCACCCUCACGCUAGACCUCAAGGAGGGCACCCUGCGCUUCUCAUCCGGCGGCCACAGCAUCGGCACCAUCGCCAACGUCAAGGGGCCCCUGCACGCCGCGCUCACGCUCACCAGCCCGCGCCAGUCGGCGGUGCUGGCGCCCGGCCCCAUCGGCAAGAUGGAGCACACCGCGGAGGAGCUGGUCAACAUCCUCAAGGCCAAGGGCCACCUCAACAACCCGCGCGCGGAGGCCGCGAUGCUGCUGGUGCCCCGAGACCUCUUUGUGCCGCGCGAUCGCCACCGCGAGGCGUUCAGGGACCAGAAAGUGACGGUCCGCAUGCCGGAUGGCAGCACGCUCACCAUGCCGCCGCCCAGCGUAGUGGCGACCGCGCUGGAGGCGCUUGACUUGGCGCCCGGCCGCUCUUUCCUAGACGUUGGCUGCGGCAGCGGCUACGUAGCGGCGGUGGCCGCGAUGAUGGUGGGCCCCGGCAGCGCGGUGCACGGCAUCGAGUGCGUCGCCAGCCGCCUGGAGGGCGCGCGCGGCAACCUGCGGCGCCUGCGCGAGCGGCUGCCGUCCAGCAACCACCUUGUUGCCGCUGCGACGCCGGCGGCCGCCGCGGCCAGCAAUGCGGUCGAGGCGUUGUCGGGGGCUGUGCUGAGCCUGGGCAACGUGCUGGUGCCCGAGUGCACGGAGGGCGUGCAGUACGACGCGCUGUACUGCGACACCAGCGUCAGCGAGGAGGACCUGCCGACGUUCCUCAGCCUGCUGAAGCCCAGCGGCCGCGCCGUGGUGGUGCUGGAGGAGGAGCUGCUGCUGCUGACGCGCGGCGGCGGGGCUGACCCCCACAACUUUGUGCGGUCUGUCCUGGCCAAGGUGUCGGGAGACUUUGGGGAGCUGGAGGACCCCACGCCCUGGGAGGUGCAGGAGGCCAUCUCGCGCAUCAAGGCGCGGGAGCACAGGAAGGGGCUCGAGCAGGCCAAGGGCGAGGUUGGCCACCUGCGCAGCUUUGAGCUGCAGGAGCUGCAGCAGCGCAUGGCGGGCGCCAUGGCGCGCAUCGCGGAGCUCGAGGCCACGCUGCAGCGCGGCACCGCCAGCGCGGCUGGCGGGCGCGGCUCGGUGCCCGACGACACGCGCGCCGUCAUCCGCGACACCAAGGCGCACCGCCGCGUCACGCGCGGGUCGCCACAACCCGGCGCACGCAGCCCAGCUGGUGGAGGGCAGUGUGGAGACUUGGUGGAUGAGGAGGAUGAGCUCGCCGUCCUGGGUGGCGGCGGCAAGGCGGUCGCCGGCAACGGUGGCGGCACCAUGGCCGAGAAGCUGGCCGCGGCAGACAGCCUCAGCAGCGGCGGCAAGAUCGGCACCGCAGUGUACCCGGACCGCAGUGCAGGCGGCGCGGAGCUGCUGGCUGCGCUGGGCGUGCAGCAGCUGAGCGGGGCGGAAGUGACCAAGGUUGUGCGCGGAUCGACUGCGGUGCGCGUCGGCGACACCAACGUUUUUGCAGGCGCCUACAAGGGCACCCCCUGCCGCGUGUGGCGGCUCGCGCUGCCGCAGCCUGUCAGUGCCCUGGAGCUGCAGCGCGCCUGCAGCCGCUUCUGCUGCGCCCACCCCAACGUGGCGGCCAUCCUGGGGGCGUGCAUCCAGCCAGACGACGCAGCGACGCCGAUGGAUGAGGACAGCGGCGGGGAUGACAGCAGCGGUGAAGGCGGAAACGGCAGCGACGGUGGCGGCGGCGCUGAGGACCGAUUGUUGGAGGGCGGGUGCACGCUGUGGGUGGUGGAGGAGCGCCACGGCGACACCAGCCUGGCAGCGCGCCUCGAUCGCGGCUUGCUGUCGUGGCAGCACGCAGUGGCCAUAGCAGCGGACGCCGGCGCCGCGCUCGCCUACUUGCAGACGGUGCAGCGUCUUGCGCCCUGCGCGGGCCUGGACGACGGUGCACUUGCCUGCGACAGCCCCGCGCUCGCAGCGCCGCUGUCGCCCCUGGCAGUGGCGCAUAUGGUCGCGCCGUCGGCCAUGCAGCUGGCGGCUGGCAGCGGCGCCGCCAAGCUCAGCCUGGUGCCAGCCAUGCUGGCGCAGCUCGAGUUCAGCCUGGGCUUGGCACCAAUGGGCGCGCGCAUCUGCGAGGCGCAGGAGCAGCUGAUGCCCUACAUCCACCCCUCCCAAAUGUUUGGCAGCGGCGCGAGAACCGGCCCGCGGGCCGGCACCAGUGAAGCAGGGGCAGAGUGCGGCGGCGCGGCAGUGUUUGACCCGCUGUACGGCUUUGCGGUUGUCCUGCUGCAGCUGCUGACGGAGCAGCAGCCCACCGGCCUGCUGGGGACAGUGCGGCAGGCCCUGCGCGCGGGCACGCUGUUCAACCUCGUGCCCCGCACGCCAGCAGCAGGGCAGGAGGUGGUGUCUAUCGGCGAGGACAUGGCACGCAUGGCGCUGCGCUGCGCGGAGAGCGUCAGCGGCGGCGCGGCAGGGGGCACGGGCAGCAAGGGCAGCGGCAGCAUUGGCAGCAGCCAGGCCGAUGGUGGCAUUUUUGGCACGAGCCUGGAGCGUGACGUGCUGCCUGCGCUGGCCGCGCUCAAAACGCGGCUGGCUGCACUGGGCGCUGCGGCAGUGUCUUGGGAGGCGGUGGAGGAGCUGCUGCUGGUGCCCCUGGCGGCUCCCGGCUCCAUCCCCGGCGGCAGCGGGGGGCGGCGCUGGGUGCGCCAGGACUUCAAGGUGCGGCGGCGGCUGUUCAUCGAGGAGGCAGCCAAGCUGGCAGCGGAGGGCCCGAUCCACAAGAUUGAGGUGCGCCGCAGCCGCUGCUUCAAGGACAGCGUCAACACGUUCAGCGGCAAGGGCCAGAAUGUAUGGCGGCAGCCGCUCAAGGUGACGUUCAUCGGCGAGGCCGGCAUGGACAGCGGCGGCGUGACGCGCGAGUGGUUCUCGUGCAUCUGCUCAGCCCUGUCGCGCGGCAGCCUGGACCUCUUCUGGGCGGGGGGUCCCAACACGAACCAGCUCUACGUCAACCCGCUGUCGUCCAGCCCCAGCCACCUCAAGCGCUUCCACUUUGUGGGCAUGUUCAUGGCCAAGGCGCUGCUCGAGAGCGCGGCGCGCGCCAAGGAGCUGGGCCCCAUCUCCCUCAACCUGCGUUUCUGCGAGCCCUUCUGGAAGCUGAUGCUGGGCAUCCCCCUGAGCCUGCUGGACCUGCAGGCCCUCGACCCCACAGAGUUCAGGUCGCUGCUGCAGAUCCUGGAGCUUGACAUCGACGGCCUCAUAUUCGAGACCUUCGCCUGGAGCUUCACACACACGCGGCGCGGCGGCGGCGGCAAGGACGAGCCCGAGGUGCCUGCGCUGCCCAGCGGUGCGAGCCCCUUCAGCGGCGACAGCAGCACCAAGGUGGAGGCGAGCAUCCCGCUCAAGCCCGGCGGCAGCCACGUGCGCGUGACCAACGCCAACAAGCGCGAGUACGUGCUGCUGAAGGCCCAGAAGAUGCUGAUGGGCGCAGUGGAGACGCAGAUGAGCGCCGUCAUCGACGCCUUCCACUCCCUGGUGCCGCGCGAGCUGGUGGACAAGUACGGCUUCACGCCCCUGGAGCUGCAGCUGCUGGUCUGCGGGGAGCAGGCCAUCGACAUCAGUGACCUGCGCUCCAGCUGCAAGUACGAGGACGGCUACACAGGCAAGGAGGACCAGGUCCAGUGGUUCUGGGCCGCGGUGGAGUCCUUUGACGACGUACAGCGCCGCCAGCUGCUGCAGUUCUGGAGCGGCUCUGACGGCAUGCCCGUCGAGGGCUUUGCGUCCCUGGAGCCGGCGUUCCACAUUGUCAGCGUCGACCGCAUGUACGACCGCACCGACAGGACCGCGCGGCUGCCGGCAGCGCACACCUGCUUCCGUCAGCUGGACCUGCCGAGGUAUCGCAGCUAUGAGGAGCUGCGCGAGAAGGUGGUCACUGCAAUCACCAUGGGCCAGGGGUACAUGGCGCUGAGCUGA